GGAGCCUCAUCCCUUUCCCCAUCUCUUGUUCCGUAAAACCCUGAACCCAAAACCUGAAUUUCAAAACAAGAACACCGCCACAUAUUUUACGAAUGGCUCUUCUUCUCAAUCCCAAGCCUAGUAUUACUUCGCUUAAACGCAUGGCCUCUCGUUUUAAUGCCCUUUCUCCUUCUCUUAAUUACUUUCAUUCCCGCUCCCGCUCCCGCUCCACUCUCGCUGUAUCCUCUUCUAUCUCUCUCUCUAAGCCCCCUUUCAUAUUUCUUACCACCGGAGUUAGUGAUACAUUGAAAAAGAUCUCUAGCAACUAUACACCAUGUCAUGCUUUGGUUCCGAGAGCAUUUAUGUCAUCAAGCGUCAGCAUCGAGGCUGUUCGUGAGGGUAAAGCCUCAAAAGAAUAUGGUUCGGAUCAGAUUCAGGUACUGGAAGGGUUAGACCCUGUAAGGAAGCGACCGGGCAUGUACAUUGGAAGCACUGGUUCUCGUGGCCUUCAUCAUUUGGUUUAUGAAAUCUUGGAUAAUGCUAUUGAUGAGGCACAAGCAGGAUUUGCUUCAAAGAUUGAUGUCAUUUUGCUUGCAGACAAUUCAGUGUGCAUCACUGACAAUGGACGAGGGAUCCCAACGGACAUGCAUCCAGCGACAAAAAAGUCUGCUUUGGAGACUGUCUUGACGGUUUUGCAUGCCGGUGGCAAGUUUGGUGGUGCCAGUAGUGGUUAUAGUGUGUCUGGUGGACUACAUGGUGUUGGUUUAUCAGUUGUCAAUGCAUUGUCUGAGGCCCUUGAAGUGACAGUAUGGCGUAAUGGUAAGGAGUAUAAGCAGAAAUAUUGCCGUGGGAAGCCUACGGCUAAAUUGAUCUCUCGUGAGCUUCCGGCUGAUAUGAAGGACAAGCAAGGGACUCGUAUACAUUUUUGGCCAGACAAAGAAGUAUUUACAACUGAAAUUGAGUUUGACUACAACACAAUAUCUAGCAGAAUCAGGGAGCUUGCUUUUCUAAAUCCUGAGGUUACAAUUGCUCUUGAGAAACAGGAUGUGGACCCAGAGAAGACGCUGCAUAAUGUGUACAGCUAUGGUGGAGGAUUAAUUGAAUAUGUGAAAUGGCUUAAUACAGAUAAGGUAUGCUUGACUAUAGUUUUGUGUUUGACUAGCAGUGUGAAAUGGCUUAAUACAGAUAAGAAAUCUUUGCAUGAAGUUGUGGGAUUCAGAAAAGAAAUAGAGGAAGUCUCAAUUGAUAUUGCUCUCCAAUGGUGUUCGGAUUCUUAUUCAGAUACAUUGUUAGGAUAUGCUAACAGCAUUAGAACAGUUGAUGGCGGUACUCACAUUGAUGGUGUCAAAGCUUCAUUAACUAGAACCCUCAACAAUCUUGCAAAGAAGUCUAAAGUCAUUAAGGAAAGAGAUAUUACUUUAAGUGGCGAACAUGUAAGAGAGGGCUUGACUUGUGUGAUUUCCGUGAAAGUUCCUAACCCAGAAUUUGAAGGACAAACAAAGACGAGAUUAGGAAACCCAGAGGUGAGGAAGAUUGUUGAUCAAUCUAUUCUGGAGUAUCUUACUGAGUACCUGGAGUUGCAUCCUGAUGUCCUUGAUGCUAUUCUAUCGAAGUCCCUCAAUGCUCUGAAGGCAGCAUUAGCGGCAAAGAGGGCCAGAGAACUGGUGAGACAAAAGAGUGUCUUAAAAUCAUCAUCCCUUCCCGGGAAGCUUGCUGAUUGUUCAGCUACUGAUCCUGCAGAAGCAGAGAUAUUCAUAGUCGAAGGAGAUUCAGCUGGUGGCAGUGCUAAACAAGGCCGUGACCGCCGAUUUCAGGCAGUGCUACCUCUACGAGGUAAAAUUUUGAAUAUUGAACGCAAAGAUGAAGCUUCCAUGUACAAAAAUGAGGAGAUUCAAAAUCUAAUUCUUGGUUUGGGACUUGGAGUAAAGGGUGAAGAUUUUCGGAAGGAUGCGCUCCGUUAUCACAAAAUUAUAAUAUUAACAGAUGCUGACGUAGAUGGUGCUCACAUAAGGACACUGCUAUUAACCUUCUUCUUUAGGUAUCAGAGAGCUUUGUUUGAUGAAGGUUGCAUCUACGUCGGUGUUCCUCCUCUAUAUAAGGUUGAGAGGGGGAAGCAAGCACACUACUGUUAUGAUGAAACGGAACUCAAAAAACUUCAGAGCUCACUUCCUGCAAAUGCAUCAUACAACAUUCAGAGAUUUAAAGGUCUUGGGGAGAUGAUGCCUUUACAACUGUGGGAAACAACCUUGAAUCCCGAGACUAGACUUCUGAAGCAAUUAAGAGUAGAGGAUGUGGCAGAGGCCAAUGUUGUCUUUUCGUCUCUCAUGGGAUCUCGAGUUGAUUUCAGGAAAGAACUCAUUCAGAACUCAGCCAAUGCUGUCAAUCUUGGUCAUCUCGAUAUAUAAAUGCGAUGUUGCGGAUUUGUAGGGCAUUUCAACUGUGAAUGCAAUUUGGGGAUUUUGCAGCAAGGACAUUUGGAUGAUUUCAUCUCCAUUCCUUUUAUUUCUUUGUAAAAUAUCAGCAAAAUAUCCCUACCGAAUUGAGGGUUUCAGCAAAAUUACUUCUUGGCAUAUAAAUUGGUUGUACCUUUUAUUCAAUUGAUUGAAAAGGGUGCUGCAUUAUUAAUCUA